GUCGAUACAUACAUCAAAAGUGGCAUGGUGAUAGGGUUAGGGUCUGGUCAAGCUUCUGGUUUGGCAAUACAAUAUUUGGGUCGGCAACUUCAAGCUGGUGCAAUAAAAGAUGUAGUUGGAAUACCCACAUCUGUUGAUAGUGCAAGUGAAGCAGCAAAGGCAGGAAUUCCUUUGGAUCAGUACCAAGAUAGUUCUCAAAUUGAUUUCGCAUUUGUUGAUGCUGAUACUAUAGAAGAAGGAACCCUUACUGCAGUGAUCGGGCGUCAGAGAUUGCAGGGUGUGGAAUCUUUGGUUCAAGAAAAGACUAUUCUAAAAGCAGCAGGGAAGCUUGUAUUCAUUGUCAUGGGAAAGAUGUACAAAUGUGGUCUAGAUGGCUCAAUUCCUGUUAUAAUUAAAUCCUUCAACUGGAUGGCAACUGCUGAGGAAAUUGAUGACCUUUUUCUCGGUGAUGCUGAGGUGUGGAGGAGACCAUCUAUAGGGCAUGCGGGUCCCCUUGGGGGUGACUUCCCUUUAGUUACUAAAGAAGGGCAUAAUGUCAUUGAUGUCAUAUUUACAUCUCCUAUACCAAGUCUAGCUGAAGUAGCUGAUAGUCUAGAUCAAAUUGAGGGGGUUGUAGCUCAUGGUGUCAUCUCCAGGAUUCCGUAA